CCUGCCUUUGUGCAUUCUCCAUUUUCUUCAUAUCGUGCUUGUUCCAGUGAUCCACAACUGUCUAUAAUGGCUUUGUCUUACUCGCUGUCCUCUUCCAGGCUGUCUGGUCUCUCAGCAUCUGGAGGUGGGGGAGCCAGAUUAGGGUUUGGUGGGUCCGGAGCAGGCCUGGGGCUUAGUCUGGGUCUGGGCAGUGGUGGUGCUGCUGGGGCUGGGUCUGGAGCUGGGUCUGGGGCUGGGGCUGGGUUUGGUCUGGGCUCUGGACUUGGUCUGGGCUCUGGACUUGGUCUGGGCUCUGGACUUAGUUUGGGCUCUGGAGUUGGUCUCGGCUACGGACUUGGUCUGGGCUAUGGACUUGGUUUGGGCUCUGGACUUGGUAUGGGCUAUGGACAGGGUGCAGGUGGUGCAGGGUUGGCACUGGGCGGAGGCGGAGGAGCUGGAGCACUAGUUGCAAGCCCUGCAUUUGCCAUGGGUCGCACAUUUGCAGCGGGUGGGAUGACUGCCGGUGCUGCUCUGGCUGGUGGUCCUGCUCUGGGCCCAACUCUGGCUCCUGUCCUAUCCCGUGCAGCUGAGAAAACCACGCUGUCCACCCUGAAUGACCGCUUCUCUGUGUACAUGGCCAAAGUGCGCGCACUGCAGCAGGAGAACGCUGCACUGGAGGCUAAGCUGUCCCAACUGACCGGUGGCACUGACAUGUCCCCAGAAUCGUCAAGCACUACUACGGUUGAAUACGAGACCCAGUUGAACGAGUAUCGCGCCACUCUGCAGAACCUCACGCUUGACACCAUUAAACUGGAGAUAGAACUUGACAAUGUGCGUGGCACGGCCCAUGAGCUCAAGGCCAAACUUGACUUUGAACAAGGGGUCAGGUUCCAGCUUGAGUCAGACAUUGGUGCCAUGAAAAAGGACAUUGAAGCAGCAUCUGACCUAAGAAUUGAUUUGGAUGCAAAGUUAUCCAGCCUUAAGAAUGAACUGAACUUUGUCACCAAAACGCAGGAAGAGGAGCUUUCUUCUCUGCAGUCCAAACUGGGUACAACGACCAUGGACACCUCUGUCUCCAUGAUUGAAGUGGACACUGGCAAGUCGUUUGACAUCUCCACAGCACUCAACAAGAUGCGAAUGGAGUACGAGAAAUCCGUCCAGCAGCACAGAGAGGAAGCCGAAGCCUACUACAAACUCAAGAUGGAUGAAAUACAGACUGCUAAUGCUAAGAGCACAGAGGCGGUGUCAUCCACCAAAGCCGAGAUCACAGCAUCCAGGAAGGAGCUACAGGUGCUCGGGUUAGAGUUACAGGGCCUGCUCUCACAAAACAUGUCCCUGGAGCAGAGCUUGGCAGAAGCUAAUGCUCAGUCCAGCGUGGGCGUGGCUGAGUACCAGGCCCAGAUCGCCAGCCUCACGUCUGCCAUCGAGGCCGCUAAACACGACCUUCACAAACAGAUUCUGGCCUACCAAGAGCUGCUAGACGUCAAACUGGCUCUCGAUGUGGAAAUCGCCACCUACAGAAAACUCCUGGAGGGAGACGACUUCAAACUGCCAGAAUUUACAGAGACGUCCUACACUUUCUCAGGGAGUGCCCCGCCCAAAACCAGCACGCCCCAGGACUCACCCCACGUCUCCGUGGAAAUACACUCUAGAUACAUCCACAAAGCUGGCGGAGGUGGAAUUCAGAUCAAAGAGGUAAUCACAGAGCACACGGAGACUUCAGCCAUCAGUGAUGCAGGCACUCCAGAGUCCUAUUGAAUGCCAAGGGAUUGUUUGCAACAAACACCCCUCAAUGUUAUUCCAAUAAAGCAGCAGUCCAAAUAUA